AUGUGGCUUGGGGGGCCGGGAAGUGGAACAGUUGAUGAUCCAUAUCAGGAGAUCGUCGUCAAAAGUUUGCUCCGACAGAAGCAGACACGUCUGGAGAUUGGAGAUACAUGGAGGCAUCUUUUGGAAAGCGGAGACGGGCGGGGAGAUGGAGAGAGAGAUGAUCGCUGCGGCAUCGUCUGACUACCAAAUCCAAUCGGCGCGAACUUCGAGCGAGGCGGCGGCCCCGAGAAAGAGAGCUUGGAAGCGAGCAAAAGAGAACGACCGACGUCGCCGAUUCGAGCAUCAUCAUCCCCGUCGCGCUUUCCGAUCGCGCUGUCGCGCCUCGAGGGCGGAGUUUCUCUCGCUUUCUUGACCACUACUGCUGGCGCCCCCUCGCGCUGUGGCCGUCGGCACAGGCAGCGGCUGCAGGAGGGCGAUGGAGCCCCGCCACGUGUAUGAUUCCGUCGUCAGACGGUGUUGGCUGUGAUGCCAUAGAUGGUUCGGGACGGGUGGGCGCCAACUGGCGACGCUUCUUUUGGAUGGAAUAGUAGUUGCAGUUGAAUUUUCUGGCGACGGUGUGAUGCGACGGGUCUUGUGAGGUGGGUGAUGGUGGUCCCGAGCGUAACGUAGCGCCACCGCUUUACGCGUGGUGGCGGUGGUGGCAGCAGCAGCAGCGGAGACCAUCGCCGGCUUUUGACGCUGGCCGAGCCGGACCGGGAUUGACCGACACCUCGGACCGCGGGGAUCCUGGAGCUCGCUUCCACUGGAGGCAAGCCAGGAGGUGGUGGGGCCGAAUAGUUUGUGUCCCGAACCGGUCCGGUCAAGGAAUGUUUUUAAAUUAGACCGGUUGAUUUCGAAUAAAAAAUACGCGAUGGAAAAUUCGGCCCGGCCCAGACAAUCUUCUUCGUCCCGUUAGACAACACUUCACCGUAGUAGCCUGGUCGGUGUCCCUCUCGUUGUUGCCUUAUCCGAUAUCGUGUGGUCGUCGGCGGCUCCAUCUGUCAUCCUUUAUGUAUUCCAGAUCCAACGACAAGCCUCGGCUCCGUGGACUCCUCCGAUGGCUGACAUUCCGGGAACGUUGCUCGGCGACGCAGAGAGAAGGAUCGCUAAGAUCACCGUUCACCUAUCGCCCCUCCCGUCCCCUUCACCCCCGGCUUCGAUUGUCCGGCGAGCGACCGCUUCGACUGGAGAUAGUUACCAUCGGGUCCAUGGAGAGGUGUCGAUGCGAGUAGCGACGUGGAGUCCGGCCCGCGACGAGUCCGGGAAGGAGUACACUGACAUUGUGUACGAGAAAGCCGUAGGCGAAGGAAUUGCAAAGAUCACAAUCAAUCGUCCAGAAAGAAGGAAUGCUUUUAGGCCAAAUACUAUUAAAGAGCUUAUUCGGGCAUUUAAUGAUGCUAGGGAUGACAAUACUAUUGGUGUGAUCAUUCUUACUGGAAAGGGAACAAAAGCUUUCUGUAGUGGUGGUGAUCAGGCAUUAAGAGGUCCCGAUGGGUAUGCUGAUUUUGGAAAUUUUGGCCGUCUUAAUGUGUUGGAUCUCCAGGUACAGAUACGCCGGCUUCCUAAACCAGUAAUAGCAAUGGUAGCAGGUUAUGCUGUUGGUGGCGGUCACAUAUUACAUAUGGUUUGUGACUUAACUAUUGCAGCUGAUAAUGCAAUUUUCGGCCAGACCGGGCCCAAGGUGGGAAGCUUUGAUGCUGGUUAUGGAUCUUCAAUCAUGUCCCGCUUGAUCGGUCCUAAGAAGGCGCGCGAGAUGUGGUUUUUGUGCAGAUUCUACAGUGCUUAUGAAGCAGAGAAAAUGGGACUUGUUAACGUAGUAGUCCCAUUGGAGAAAUUAGAACUUGAGACACUGAAAUGGUGCCGUGAGAUUUUGAGAAACAGUCCAACAGCAAUCCGGAUCUUGAAAUCUGCUCUUAAUGCUGUAGACGAUGGCCAUGUUGGCCUGCAGGAGCUAGGCGGAAAUGCAACGCUCGUUUUCUAUGGUACUGAAGAGGCUAAUGAGGGCAAGAAAGCAUAUAUGGAACACCGGCGACCAGAUUUCUCUAAAUUUCCGCGAAGACCCUGAUCUCACUUUCUUCAUAUCUCCAUAUCAAUUGACACCUUUCUAGAUAUAAUUUCAAAACAUUAAAAAAAAAAGUGAGAAAUGAUGAUUUUGUUCAACGUAGUCGAGGAUUCAACUUUGGCCUGCCGUCCAAAUAUUCUUCUUCUUGGACUCUGUAUAAUCAUGUAAGAUGUGCAGGGAUAAUGCAAAUAUACUCUUAAAUUAAUAUCCAAUGCUGAUAAGUAUCGAGUAGUUUAUCAUUUGACAUGCAUUCAUCAAAGCACAAACUCAAUGAUAAGUUUAUUCUA